CAGUGGCACUGCAGGACAAAUUUGGAGAAAUUUUCUAAUCACAGCUGAGCAUUACAUUCUUUUGACAAUGUCUGACUGUGAGUUGAUUCUGGCCAGCUGGGGGAAAGUGGAGAGCAAUCUUUCUGGCUAUGGAGGAGAUGUUCUCACCCGUCUGUUCACAGAGCACCCUGACACCCAGAAGCUCUUCCCCAAGUUUGUGGGGAUCCCAUGUGGUGAACUGGCUGGACAUGCAGGUGUUGCAGACCAUGGCAAAACUGUUCUGACAAAACUGGGUGAGAUCCUCAAGGCAAAAGGCUCCAGUGACAUCAUUAAGCCACUGGCUACAACCCAUGCCAACAAACACAAGAUUCCCCUUAACAACUUCAAGCUGAUCACCGAGGUCAUCGUUAAGUUGUUUGGGGAGAAAGAUGUGUGGGAUGCUGCUGCCCAGGAUGCUUUCAGGAGAGUUAUGGGCACCGUUGUCAAUGAGAUCGACUGCGUCUACAAGGAGCUUGGCUUUUCUGGCUAGAUAACACUUGUCCCUGAGUUUGUCAUUAAGAUGCUUUCAAUUUCAAUCAAGUUGUGUUGAUUGUGUCGCAUUAUAAGCACUUAAAUGUUAAUGUUUAAGCUUCAUUAAAGCAGUUCUUAAUU